UUUCACCCUUCAGAACAGAGGUGCACAUUACAAAAAUGAAGACAAUUAUGCAUAGACAUAAUUGGCCAAGAGAACAAUAAAUGGAUUAAUUCUGAUAUCUCAGUUCCUCCAAAACCAGCACAGCCAGCAGCAGCACCAUUACCACUGCACAGGGUGGAACUGCUGUGCCUUGAGUGGUGCUACUGGAUGAAUCUGCUGGAGUGGUUAAGACAGACCAAGUUUGUCCUUGGUUUCUGCUCAUGCCAGAGGCAAGUUCAAUAUUUGCAUCUAGCUGUAAAGGAUGUUUGAGUCCCCUUUAUUUGGGAGUGUAACAUAAUAAUCUUUCUUAGUUUGGUUACAAUUCUCAAAUGCACGUUCUCCUGAGAAAAAAAUAGUGUUUCAGUUUCAGGCCUGAUGAUGUGACAAGGACAGUUUAUUAAGAGCCCAGGCACUCCUACAGAAACUUUCCUCUAUUUCUGGUCUGCUAAAUAUUAUGGUGUGUCAGCCACAAGACUCACACCAUCAGAAUAAAUGUUUGUGAUACUUCUGCAGCCUAGGUCAGCAAACCCCACGAGUCUUUUCUUGUUAAAUAUGUUUUCAAAAAGAUAAUGUAUAUCAUGUAGUAUAUUGAGGAUGUUAAAAAGACUAUGUCAUGUCUUCAAAGCAUUUUGUAAGUUGGACUCCUCAGUUGUCUUGCACUCCAAAUUAUCCCAAAUCAGUUCUGUGUCAGUGGCUUUGGAUCACCUGUGGUUUAAUAUCAGGUAGACAUUUAGCUUACAUCAGUGGCUUGGCCUAAUUGAUACAAAUUAGUUUUAAGAUGUUUUGAGGAUGUCAGUUUUCCUGUCACCAGUUAAUCAGUACUUAAACCAAUGUGAUUUUUAAUACAGCAACAGCAUUUGAAAUUCAUGCUACCACUCUGCCUUAAAAUUAGCUUGUUACCUUGUGGUGAACCAUGAAGUGAUGAUCAAAUUUGGUUUUGCCCUUUGCUGCUGGUUGGAUUUAUUGAUUAGUUGACCUUAAAAGAUUUCCUGACAGAUUAAGUAAAUACAUUCCUGCUUGCUUGUUUGCAUUUGAAGCAUCAGUUCUGAUAAUUUUAUUCUCUGCUGUAAGAGACUUGCAAGGUUAUUAGAAGACUAAUAUAAUGGUGACUUGGGAGCUGAACCUCUUCCUUUUCCUUAUUCAUUCUUUCAGAGGUUAUAACAUGAAUGCUGAUUCUGCCUAGCAUUUAGGGGAAUGUAGAAAUCCCUCCCUAUUUCACUGUACACAAGUGCUUUGCAAAAUAAGCACAUUUAAGAUCCUUUCAGACAUCAGUUUGACUGUUGAGAUUUUCCUAAAUGUUGCAAAAGAGCUCCACUGAUCAGUGAAAGAUCAAAUAGGAAAUCACAUUUUAAAACCUAACAGUGCUAGGACAAUCUUUAUACCUCACAAAGCAGCAGAGCAGUGGAGGAGGAGCUUUGUUUGCUUUGAAGUUCGCCAUAAAAAUUAAUAGGUAUUUAUAUGAGUUAAUAUUUCAUUAUAAUUUAUACAUCAUUCACAUUACAGUAGGUUUUAGUCUGGAAACCUUUUGAAGACACAGCAUUGAAAAAUCUGAAAUUCAUGUGAGUGAAAUAAUGCAUCUUAAUGGCUUUAGGCUGGGCAAAAUUAGACAUAUGUGAGCAAGAUUAAUGGAAUCCUCCCAUCAGGAUAAUGUUUUGCAUGCCUCUGAGCAUCUGUCCUACAAAGCCACAGCUGUGAAAGCUGCUCCUGUUGUAAAUUAGUACCUGCUCUUGAAGAUACUGCUGAUCCUGGGAGAGUAUUGUUUCACCAGGGCAGGGAAGGGAACAACAGAGUGAAGCUGAGCCAGUUGGGCAUCCAUGCCACCAAUGGCAUGGUAGUGAUCUUGUAAGCAUGACUUACUUCAGUGGAAGGAAUGAAUUAGGUAGAAACUUUUUCCAAGGGCAUUGUCAAAUCACAGAAGUGCUUUUAAUCUGUGGAGUCAGUGUUGCUUAUAUUUCCUGCCUGCCUUUAUUGUGUCUUUAUAUACAGAUUUACUUUGAGUGCACAUUUGUGCAGGGGGAAAACUUCCAGUCAACAUAAGCAAAAGCAGAAGAAUAGUCCUGUAACUUCUUAAAACAGAAAGCAUUGUCUGCUGCAAUGUGCUAAGAGGAAAAGGGACCUCCUCACCUGUCAAUUACACUAUCCAUAAUUCACAUCAUGAUGUGACAUGACAUUAGUACUUCACUGCUUUCCACUAUCAGCAUGAAAACUUGUAUUUUGAAUGUUAGUUUGGCAAGUUAUAUUAAGGAACCAAAAUGAAGGAAAAAUACUGCCUCCCCAGUGGCACUUCAUUCAGAAAAUACACAUUUGUCAAGAGGGUCUACACAACCUGGGAGAAGGUGCAAGUGAGAGGAACUGUCCCCACUACAGCUCUGGCAGACUUAAAUCUGCUUACAGCAAUCACAAAACCAGUGUCACCUGAAGGGACCCAUGUAGAGUUCCAGUGAAAACAUCUCUUCCUUUUAUUUUCCAGUACAAGAACUGAGGGCAUCAGAUGAAGUCAGUAGAAAUCAGGUCUGAAAGAAAGGGAGGGGUUUACAUGAGCUGUGUAACAUUUGCCACAGGGUGCUGCAGAGAGUAAAAGCCUAUAGACAUUGAAGUGGAAAUGUUUGAGGGACAGAAACCCAUUCAGGGUUACCAAAUACUUAGAAACUCCAUCCAGAUCAGCAAGCUUAUAAACUGCAGCUGGAAGCUGGGAGAGUGUUAUUAUUAUUAAAUACACAAAUAUAAUUCAUGCUUGUGUGUUCUUACAUUCACUUUCAGCCACAGUCAAGCACAAGACAGUGGGCUUGGUGAACCUUGGGUAAGGCCCAGGACCAGUGUUCUCAUGGUGUUUAUUUUGAACUUGCCCUCGAGCUGUGCUGUCCCCUCUUUCCUGGUAGCUUAUUAUUAGAACUGGGUCACAUGAGGCACUUGGGACUGCGUCUCGGUUGCACUGACAUUUCUUUCACAGGGAAAGCUCUGUGCUGGCAGGAACAGCACCAUAGCUUAUGUGAGGAUGGGAGUAGCAUUUUUUUGCAUAAGAUUCACUUAAAGCAGAAGGUUCAUUUUUCUGGCUGUUCCCCAUUGCAUCAGGGACGUAGUGCUGAGCUAAUCCAGGGAGGCGUCAAGGCGCGAGCUGUAUUUAGAGUCAGCCACCUGCUUGGGAACAUCAAGCUGCAGAAAGAGCCUGCUUCAGCAAAACCUUCCCUGUGCAUUCCACAGCAGCGGCUGCCAGCAGGCCCUCCCUGCGCUGCCUGACUCUGCAUGAGGCCUCCAAAGGGGUCAGCACCUGAAGACAGACCCUGUCAGCCCAGGAGUGUCUGAGCCUGGCACUCCCUCUGCCCAGGAACUGCCAGAUAUUUUGGACAGCUGCAAGGUGGAAUUAAAUCACGUGGGUGAAGAGUGGCCUAAUCUCUACAUAGGCAAUAUACAGUUUCUUUACCAAACUGAAGAAAACGAAAACCUGUCUCUGAUACAGCCUGAGUGCAUGCAAAGGACCAGCAGGAUGCUUCGCACCAGAGACUCUUCACCUCUGACUAGGAGCCCUGCCUACGAAACACCGUCACUAACAGAUCUCCAGCAGCUCCUGUGGCUCAGAGGAGGCUCUGACAAUCAUGUGGACCAAGUCUGGCCAAAUAUCUACGUGGGAGAUGCGUGGGCUGCUAGGAGCAAAGCUACACUUCAAAGCCUCAAAAUUACUCAUAUCCUUAAUGCAGCAGAUGGACCAUAUAACAUUGACACGGGAGCCAAAUAUUAUGCAGAUCUGCAAAUAGAGUACUAUGGAAUAGAAGCAUUUGAUGAUCCUGCCUUCGAUUUAAGUGUCUUCUUCUAUGAUGCUGCCAAUUUCAUACGCAAGGCCCUAAACUCUUCAGGAGGUAAGGUGUUCGUUCAUUGUGCCAUGGGAGUGAGCCGCUCAGCAACUUUAGUGCUUGCCUUUCUAAUGAUCCAUGAAAACAUGACACUCGUGGAUGCCCUGAAGACAGUGAGCACUCACAGAAACAUCUGCCCAAAUAUGGGGUUCCUCAGCCAGCUCCGGGACUUGGACAUUAAACUGAAUGAAGAGAGGAAAAAAACCAAAGCAUCUGCCACCACCGGCCCCUAAUAGAAUAUUGCUGAAAGAAAGAGGACAAAAUCGUGCCUGCAUCUCCUCUAGAUGAACUGCAUUUAUAAAUUUAGGACACAAGUUUAUGGGACACCAGGAUGCAUGCUAUUAAUAAAAGUAGAUUUUGCUUGAUCUUUCCAUUUUGCAAAGCCUUCCUAAAUUUAUAUUUAUGAUUGGUUGUAUACUCUAUCCUUCACUCUCCACCUUAAAACAUUGCAGUCUGCUAGCUUAAAAGGAAAAAAAAAAAAAAAGAAAAAGAAAGAAAAAAGAGAAAGAGAUCAGGUUCCACUUCAGAAAUAGCUGUGUUUCAGCAACUAGUGGAGCUCAUAUCACUUUAUGAAGUGUUAGGCUAUUUGAGGUGAAAGAUGCCAUAUUAUUUAUGCUACAGUAAUGCUUAGAAGUUUUCUUAUGAACCUGCCCCCCACCCCUUCACUCCCUGUAUCUCAGAGGGUUUGUAUUUUGAGACUUGAAUCUGGCACUGGUUAGUUCUUGCUUUUACAAUUAGUAGAGCUCCUGAGUUGGGGUAAGAGGUUGUUUAAAGGCAGAGCAGCUGGGAAACAACGUAAGCCACUCUAAGAAAUUAUUCCAGGUAUCUCUACAGGCCUUUCCUUUUGGCUGUUCAUUAGAGCUUUUUUCCUCCAUGUAAAUACAUUUCCUUGAGGGGGCAUUCAAAUAUUGUUCAUCUUACAUACUAAAAAUCAUCCAGGAAAUGCUGCAGAAAAUGCUUCUAAAGAAGAAGGUGGGUUACCAGCUAAGGCUGGUUCAGGAAAAUAUUUGACAAAGUUCAAUGUAUCCCAAAUUUGUCUGGUAGUUCAAAAUUACAAAACUUGGGAUUUGCUUUCUCAAAAAUAAAAGGUUAUUAACAUUGCAACAUC